AUGGCUUUUGGACUCACUAUUGGGACAGAGCGUUACACUACCCUCCAGAACUCCAUCCAAGAUGAGCUUGUUAGGCGAGGAUAUAGUCCCGAAGCUGACCCCAUUAUGGCGGAGUACAUUACCAUAAUGAUCAUAAACAACAAGACAGCAGCUCAAAUAUCCUCGGAACUGGAAGAUGACCCAAAUUUUGUUGACUGGUUGUUUUCGGAAGCCGCAAAAGGCGCACCUGAACCAUCAGAUGCACCGUCAUCUUCCACUGCCGCUGCAUCCGCCCAGCCCUCUACGCGUGAUUCGCCGCCCCAUCUUCCCACUGUCAGCAAGGACGAGGCUAGUCGGCGACCUCCAAGCGGCCCUCGUGCAUCCGCACCUUUGUAUCAACAAGCUCUAUCACAAGCACUCCCUUCAACCUCACCCACCGCACAAAAGCGCACGGCGUCCGGGCGCUCGCCUUCACCGAGCGGCCAUGGUCACGUACACAAGGCGCGACGGAUAGACUUACCCACAGGCCCGAGGGCGAUGAUUCACGGGCGCGACGUAAGCAGUGGCUCCCGCAGCCUGCUGGAACGUGUCGGGCCCGCACGCAAUGGCGGCGGCGGCGGCGGUCCUCAGUUCGGCCAGGACGAUAUCCAGGCCCGUAUUGACACGAUCACCGGUGCGGGUGGGUCGCCAGAAAUGGCCAUGAUGAUGGCUGGCUUCCCAGGGAUGAACGGGAUGGGCGGGAUGGGCAUGGAUAUGGGCAUGGCGAGCAUGGCGAACCCGCUGCUGCUGCAGGAGAUGAUGAUGAACCAGAUGGCCCUCAUGUCGCAGAUGGCGGGCGCGAUGGGCAUCAUGCCGGGGCAGCUGAUGAACGGGUUCCCAAUGCAGCCCGGCAUGGGCGGGGAUAUGUUCAAUGGCGGCAUGCAGGGAGACGGCCCUGGGCGUGGACGCGGGAGAGGGCGCGGCGGCCCUGCUGGUAGGGGGGCUGGCAGAGGAAGAGGGGGACAUGCCGGCGCGAACGGGAGCGCUGGAAGUCCUAUGACCGACGCUGGCCAAGCCUCGCCGCCUCCACCUGCGGCAGCCCCCGCCGUUGUGGCGCCGACGCCGACGCCGGUACCGAUUGUGGCGCCUGUGAUUGCGAGUACAUCGUCGUCGUCGAGCAUCGCAUCUCAGCAACGCACGGGCUUCGUGCCUCCACAGAGGCCACAAUCGCCUACUCUGUGCAAGUUCAACCUCAAAUGUUCGAAUCCCCUAUGCCGUUACUCGCACCCGUCACCUGUCGCGACGGCCGAGAGCGGUGUCGUGCUGAGCAACGACCCGUGUGAGGCGGGAUUGCAGCACACGUCAGCCCCGCUGGGCUCCACCCUGGUGCCACGUCUGACGCAAACAUCUCUUCCAGCUGCUGAGCACCUGAAACCGAGCACAUUCGUUCCACCUCCUACGCCCACUACUCAUUUACCAACACCGUGUCGAUAUGGUGCAGCCUGUACGCGCCCGAACUGCACAUUCACACACCCGCCCCGCGCAUCGCAUGGCUCUGGGGCGGCAGCGACGCCGUGCCGCUUUGGUUCUGCAUGUACGCGCGCAACGUGCCCCUUCCAGCACCCCGAGGGACGUGUGCUGCCAGGGACAUUCCACCGCGGGCUGUCCACCAGUGCACCGCUUGUGAGCGUAAAGACACCGGAGGCGGGCUCGAUGAGCGGGCUGAGCCACAACCGCAGCGUCACGUUCAACACGAGCAAGCCGAGCACGAACGCGGCGGUACUGGAGAAGAAGGUCCGCGAGGUGGAGGAAAAGAAGAGCGAGGCGGAGAAGGCCGUCGCGCAGGCGGAAAAGGUGGCGGGCAGCAAGGACGACGCAUCGAAGCCCGUCGCGAUCAGCGCGUGA